GCGAUGGACAUAAUCACCUUGGCACCGACACGAUGUGCACCAAGAUCGUGAUUGCUGGCUCCGUGUCCGGCCUAGGGGUUAUCCUAGUCGCGCUCGGCGCCGGUUUGGGAUGGGGCUUGUUCCCGUCCAUCAUCGAAGAUGAAGUCAUCAAGAAUAUAGUCCUUACCAACACAAGCAUGUCCUACGAGAAUUGGCAAAAACUACCGCAGCCCAUGGAAUUCCAGGUGCACAUCAUGGAAGUGGAAAAUCCGGAAGAAGUGCACUCAACCGGCGCAAAACCAAAGAUGAGAGAAAAAGGCCCUUACGUGUAUCUUGAGUACAAAGAAAAGGAAAACAUCCAAUUCAGCGAAGACGGAAACAUAGUCGAGUACGAGCAGAGAACAUUUUUUGAAUAUAGUCCUGAGCUCUCGGGUCCCACUCUGAGUGAAGAUGACGAAGUCUCAGUGCUCAAUGCAGCUUUAAUGGGGGUGCUUUUAACUCCCGAUAUCGAGGACGAUGGAGUGCAACUGACAGGAUUGGCAGCGGGCUUCAAUUUCCUUUUUGAUAAUCCGGAAUCCGUCUUCACGAAGGUCAAGGUUCGCGACCUUUUGUUCGACGGAAUUUUGAUCAAGUGCCAGGGCAGCGAGGCCAUUACGGCCAACAUUUUUUGGAAAUUUGUUUGCAUCGAGAUGAAAAGACAAUUCGACAAUGGAUUAUUGCCACCCGCAAUCCGUUAUGACGAUGAGAGCAAAAACUUCUUCUACUCUUUCUUCUACCACAAAAGCAACAAAACAGACGGCCACUUUAAGGUGCUGACUGGCAAGACGGAUGUGAAGAAAGUCGGGGAGAUUGUCGAGUGGGAAUACGAGCCGACCCUGAAGUUUUGGUCUGGGGAUGAGUGCAACGCUAUCAAAGGAAGCGACGCCACUAUUUUUUCACCCUUUAUGGACAAGGAAACUAAAAUCUACGUGUUCGCUACUGAUUUGUGCAGGAGCAUUUAUCUGAGCUAUGACAAAGAAAUCAGCCACGAGGGCAUAAGUGGCUACCGCUACGUCGUGGACGCGUUGCAGCUUGGUAACUUGUCUUCCCGGCCGGAAAAUUACUGCUUCUGUCCUCCAAACGGAGCAUGUCUCAAGGAGGGAGCCAUGGAUCUAUUUCCUUGUUUCAAUGGGCCUGUGAUUCUUUCCAUGCCUCACUUUUAUCAAGCGCCAGACUACGAAAUAAUGGUUGAAAACCUCACUCCCAGCAAGGAGAAACAUCAAAUUUACCUCGAUAUCGAAACGCUCUCUGGCGCUCCUCUUGGCGCCGGCCGAAGGGUGCAGUUUAACAUGAUGAUCAAGAAGAUACGAAACUUUGACAUCACCAAAAAUCUGCCUGUGGCCGUUGUCCCUCUCAUCUGGGUGAACGAAGGCUUGACCCUGAACGAGGAGAACACCAACCUUUUAAAAGACGAGCUCAUCAGCAAGCUCAUCAUCGUGGACGGCGUCCGUUGGGGGUUGAUUGGAGUAGGGUGCGCUGUCUUUGUCGCUGGAGCGGCCCUCUUCUUUGUCUGGCGAGGCUCCUUCAAGAAACCCAGCAAGAAGCAGACGAAAAGGAGGCGUUCGACAUAAAUGAAAAUCUGAACAACGAACUGUAUUGUAUUAUUCAAAAGAGUAUAUUAUAUAUUUUACGAACAAAA